AUGAACCGGGAUCGGGCUUGCCAUGAAGCCUUCAUAAAGAAUCUAUUGUCCAAGCCGUUUACUCUGCCGAUCGCCGGUUAUUCCUUUUCCGGACGAGCCUUGGGCAUGGGUCGAAGCGCGAUGAGAAUGCCACUCUACGAUCCGUACGCCGAGAAUGCGCUUAUCCUCUACACGCCGCCGCCGCUAAGCCCUGAAGAACAGGCGGCACAAAAGAAAGAAGAUAAAUUGGUGCACGUCGUCGUCGACCCGCUUCUCACGGCCGUCCUGCGCCCUCAUCAGCGCGAAGGCGUUGCCUUUAUGUACAACUGUGCUACGGGCCGCAACAUCGAAAACUUCUACGGCUGUAUUAUGGCCGACGAGAUGGGCCUGGGAAAGACUUUACAGUGCAUCUCGUUGCUCUGGACGCUGCUGCGUCAAAGCCCUGAGGCCAAGCCCGAGUUCAGCAAGGCGAUAAUUGUCUGCCCUAGCAGUCUGGUCAAGAACUGGGAUAAGGAAAUCAAGAAAUGGCUCGGUUCGCGUAUCAACUCACUGACAAUGGACAACGGUUCUCGCGAAGAGAUUAUGAAGCGAUUGACCGCAUUCAUGAACGAUCUGAAGAUACGAGCGGCUUGUCCAGUGCUGAUCAUCUCCUACGAAACGUUCCGCAUCUACUGCAACAUACUCCACUCGGCGGAAAUCGGCAUGGUUAUUUGCGAUGAGGGUCAUCGCCUGAAAAACAGCGAUAACCUCACGUAUCAAGCGCUGAAUGGGCUGAACUGCAAACGGCGGAUUCUCAUCUCGGGAACGCCGAUCCAGAAUGAUUUGUUGGAAUAUUACAGUCUGAUCAACUUCGUCAACCCCGGCCUCCUCGGGUCGGCCGCAGAAUUCCGAAAGCGCUUCGAGAAUGUGAUUCUGAAGGGACGCGAUGCGUCAGCUACCGACGAAAUCCAGAAGAAAGGCGAGACCGCAACAACUGAAAUGGCGACCCUUGUUGCCAAGUGCAUCAUCCGACGCACCAGCACGCUGCUCACAAAAUAUUUGCCGGUCAAAUACGAGCACAUCAUUUGCUGCAAACUCAGCCCUCUGCAACAGUCGCUCUACGAGAAGCUAAUCGAGAUCGAGAAGAAGCUGCGAUCCCGCGAAAAGGACGCGAAUGACUCGGGUGGUGGCGCAUCCGCUUUAUCCUUCAUCACCCACCUGAAAAAGCUGUGCAAUCAUCCCCAGCUUGUCUAUGAUGAGGUCAAGAAGAAGGAUAACCGCUUCCACGAAUCACUGGAGCUGUUUCCGGACUCCUUUUUCGGGCGCACCUUCGACCCAUCAACAUCGGGAAAAAUGAAAGUGCUCGAUUACCUGUUGGCCGUCACCAAGAAAACGUCCAACGACAAGUUCGUGCUGAUCAGCAACUACACGCAGACGAUUGAUCAGUUUGAGAGCUUGUGCAAGCUUCGUGGAUACGGUUUCGUUCGUCUCGAUGGCUCAAUGUCGAUCAAGAACCGCGCGAAAAUUGUCGAAAAAUUCAAUGAUCCCGAGAGCCCUGAAUAUUGCUUCUUGUUGUCCUCAAAGGCCGGUGGUUGCGGGCUGAAUCUGAUUGGCGCUAACCGUCUGGUGAUGUUCGAUCCCGAUUGGAACCCCGCCAACGACGACCAGGCAAUGGCCCGAGUUUGGCGCGAUGGGCAGAAGAAAACUUGCUUUAUCUACAGAUUGCUUGCGGCCGGCUCCAUCGAGGAGAAGAUGUUCCAACGCCAAACGCACAAGAAGGCACUCUCGAGUUGCGUCGUCGAUGCCGGCCAAGAUGUCGCGCGCCAUUUCAGCUCGGACCAACUGCGCGAGCUGUUCAAAUUGGAGACGAACUGCGCCUCGGACACUCACAAUAAAGUGAGGUGCAAAAGGUGCCUGAAUGGCGUCGAGACCAUCGACCCGCCCACGGACGCGGAUUGUGCAUCAGACCUCCAACAUUGGCAUCAUUCGGAAAAAGAUGCGAAGAAGAUCGCCGACACCGUGCUCAAGGCCGUUUUUGAAUGCGGCUUCAUUUCCUUCACUUUCCACCAAAAAUCGCACGAAGCCGUCGUCGAGCCAGAGAAGAAACCCGAGAAAUCCAAGAAGAAGGAACUCCUCGACGACGUGGAGGAAGAUGACGAAUAUGACGAAAAGGAGGAAGCCGACGAGGCGUACGACUCGGAUUAC